CCGUGGCAGAUUUUUUUUUUAUUGUGUGCCCUUUUAGGUCGCCACUCUAGACUCAAAGGAACCUCGUGGUUGUCAAAGUCACCCGUUUAUUAUUUAACUCCCCCGCAGCUCUUUGUUGCAAGUUUACUCGCGAGGACAAACCAAACAUCUUCCACCGUUACUUAGCCGCUCCUCGGCUAGAGUCAUCACGGACGAAACUUUUCUUCAACUUUACAACAAAGGCAAAGCAAGGUUGGAGCUCUCUUACCGCACCCCGUGCAGUUAGAGAAACAUAUUUCAAGAAAUUUUGUACACCUGCAAACAUGACCCGGAGACCGUGCGCGAUCUAUGUGGUCGGGAUCACCUGCGCUGUCUUGCUGGUCGCUGGGAUUGGCUUAGUUGUGGCUCAGGUUUUCCGCACGAUAAUGCACAACCGCCUAAAAAAGGAGAUUGUCUUGGUGGAGGGCAGCCGUGUGUUUGAAUCAUGGAAAACCCCUCCCCCUCCUGUCUACAUGGAGUUUUUCUUCUUCAAUGUAACCAAUGUGAACGAUUUCUUGAAAGGGGCCAAGCCAGAGGUCAAGCAGGUUGGACCCUACACUUACAGGGAGUACAGGUAUAAGGACAAUGUGAGCAUGUUGGAAAAUAACGAGACGGUGUCCGCAUACAACACCAAAAGCUUUGUGUUCUUGAGAGAGAAGUCUGUGGGUGACCCAGCUGUGGAUAACAUCACCACCGUCAAUAUCCCUGCUUGGGCUGUAAUGACCAAGGUGAAAGGGAGUUUCUUUAGGUCCUCCAUGGUGUCCAUCUGGAUGAACGCUGUUGGGAGUGGUAUCUUUACAACUCACACUGUGGAUGAAUUGCUGUGGGGUUAUGAAGAUCCUUUGCUGGUCCGCGUCUCUUCCACCAAUCCUGAGGUGGAGAAGGUCUUUGGCCUCAUGUACAAGAAAAAUGGAAGUAACAAUGGGGAAUUUGUCUACCACACUGGGGUGCAGAAUUACUUGGAUUAUGGCCGCGUCAAAACAUGGAAAGGCGAAAGCAAGCUGACCUUCUGGUCAUCUAACCAAAGCAACAGCAUCAAUGGAUCAGAUGGAAGUGCUUUCCAUCCUCUGCUGAAAAAGGAUGAACGCAUUUACAUCUUCACGCCAGACCUCUGCAGGUCGAUCUACAUGGAGUUUGAGAAAGAUGUAGAGGUGAAAGGAAUCCCAGCCUACCGUUUCACACCACCACGCUCUGUUUUGGCCAGCAAAGAAGAGAACCCGGCCAAUGAGGGUUUCUGCGUCAGCCAAGAUGAGUGCCUGGGAACUGGUGUUCUUAAAGUCAGUCCCUGUCGGAGAGGUGCCCCAGUGGUCGCCUCCUUUCCUCAUUUUUACCUGGCAGAUUCAAAAUAUGUGGCUGCAAUUGAAGGAAUGUCUCCUCACAGAAAGCAUCACCAAACUUUCCUAGAUCUUAACCCGACCACUGGAGUGAUUGUGCGUGCAAGCAAGAGAGCACAGAUAAAUGUCUUGCUCAGCAGAAUCUCCGGAUUCCCUGCCACUAGAGGCCUGAAUAACACGAUCUUUCCCGUCAUGUUCCUCAAUGAGAGUGUGGUGAUUGAUGACGCAUCUGCAGCAAGAGUACACAAGCUGCUGCUGAUUGUCACUGUAGUGUCCAACUUGCCGCUCAUUAUUGUGGGACUGGGUGCCAUUUUGCUCAUAGUGCUCAUCAUCCUUCUGGUCCGGGCCCGCAAACAGAAGAAUGAAGUUAAGCGCAUUGUGUUUACCAAGCCUCUCUAUGCUGCAUCCACUGAAGAGGACACUUCUUACUCUCCAGUCAGUGACAAGGAAAAGGAAGACCCUCAAAAUGGAACCUUUAUUGGUUUGACAGCGAAGGCAGAAGAUUGAGGGAGGGACUGGUUAGAAGGGGGCUUUGUAUAUCGACAACCGUCAGAAUUACAAAAGGCGAUUUGGGUUUUCAGGGGAAAAGAAAUUAUCUUUAUAAUUAGAAAUCUCAGGGGGGAGGGGGGUGGAGAGGUAGAGGAGGGGUUUGUGUCUAGUCUCAAACAUGUAUGUACAUAAUUUUAGCCAUGGAGAGAUACUUAAAGUCCAGGUCUAGCACACUUAAUUCUCAGAAAAAAGGUUCUGACUAUCAUUUGAAAACACUGCAUAUAAAAGGCAACUUCUUUCUGUUUGCUUGAAUCAUUUGCUGAUGCAAAGUUACUGACCACACGCUGCAGUUGAGAUGAGCACACUUUGUAGUGUUCCUAAACAAACACAACACACCCUCUAAACCUCAGGUGUGGAAUCAAAUAGAUUUUGAAGUGGCUUCACCUAUUUCUCUGUGACUAGAUUAGAUUCUUGUCUUCAGAUUUUAGUGACUAACUACUAUGUUACAGGGCAUAGAGGGUAAUGUGGGACCAGGGUAAUGAAGUCCGCAAACUGUGAGUUACAUCACUCUCAGGGGGGCUCUGCUUAGAAACUGUCAAAUAUUAUUAAAGCCAGAAGAAGGAGCAAAAUAUUCAGCAAGUAUUGUCUUUGUGAAGACACUUAAAUCCAUUCAGUAUUACUAUGUUCCAUUCGCAUUUCAUCCUAAACUAAAUGUUACAAGACAAUUUCAUGGCUCAUUAAUAUUUUCUAUUCAUGCAAUGUGUUUAGAGGGACAUCACCGUACCUAUAUUUUUGUAUAUAUACAGUGUACGAUGUGUUGAACUGCUGACAUUCCUCUCAGUGUAUGAUGGGAAUGAAUAUCAGACAAACCGCUGUAUAUUUUGGAGACUACUUUUUUGUAAAGUAAGAAGUCCUUCUCAUUUUUUGUAAAUGUUAAUUUAGAAAUGUUUGAAUUAGGAACAUUUUAAGUUAGAGUUUCAGAAAUGUCGUAUAGUGCCAUAAUCAGCAGCACUUUUAUCAGCCAUCUAUAGCCCUGAAUAUGACAGGAUUUAUGGUUGAAACAAUGAUUCAUACACUACUGAAUUUAUGUGCUGACAGUAUUUUUGCCCUGUAUAACUGCUUCUACAAUCUCAUGUAGACAUAUCAAAAUGUAAUUCACCUUACUAUCAUUUCAAAAUGAAAUGUGUGUUUUUCAUGCUGUUGUUGAAGGACUUAUCAGCAUUGUUGGUGCUGAAAAUUACACCCACCAAACCUUUUUUUUUCUUCAGUGUUUGUGAAAUGUUUGUGAAAGAUUUUAAGAGAAUUCAGUCCAGCCAUUUCAACUCAAAACUAAUGUGGGUUCAGUAUGAAGAAACACUGUAGUUGUGCCUUUAAAAGAAUCAGUCAUUACUGGCUUUAUUUUGUAUUUUAUAGUUUUCACAUAUUUUGUGAAAAGGACGCCAUGUUGUACCAACAAAUCUAAUCUCAAGUGUAUAUUGUUUUCUUCCAAAUACCAAACAAAACUGUGGGUGAAACUGUUUUUAUAGUUUUUGUACAGCUGGCAGUCAAGCUGUACUCUGCUUGAAUCAUAGAUUGUAGUACAGGGCAACAGCUUUCUCACUCAAGGCGCUUGAAAAUAUUGAAUUCGAGGUGUCAUUUAAUGUAAUAUAGAAAAUGCUGCAGAAUUACUUUAUUUGAAUAGGGAUGUGUCCAGCUUUUAUUACUGCUCUUAUUUGUAACAUUUUAAGCAUGAAUGAAUUACUUCAUACCACCUUGUCAUUCAAUGCAUUCUAAUAAUCAGCAAUUAAUAUAUCAGACAGUAGUGGGGAAGCUUAACAUGUUUUAGAUUAGUUCCUCAUUUGAUUUUACUAUUUUCUUUUGUUUGUUUGACUUUAAUUCAAUUAUGUACAAUAAGAAAACUGAAUAUAGAUAGAAAAAAAUAUGGAGUGCAUAAUGUAAUGUCGUCAUAAAUUCAUGAUAGGGUGAAUGAAUGUCAUUUUUAUGCACAAACCCCCCACAGUAUUACACUAUAUUGUUGUUGUCCUUAAACAGGAUCAAUUAUUUUGUUACAUUAGUAAAAACCAAAACACAGAACGACUUUAUACUGGGCUGCUUUGUGCCACAGUUUGAUCACAGGUUGUACGGAAAUGAUUGUUACUGCUAUAACCACAUAUUCUUAUUGUCAGCUUGUUUUGAAAUGUUGAUUGUUAAAACUGUUUUUACUGUGUACACAAAAAUAAAAGUAUUUCAGUAAAUA